AUGACAGACCCUCGCGAGACCUGGCAAAAGCUGCAAAAUGCCAUCCAGCAAAAGGGACGCGGAGGAUUCGGCGGCUUCCCUGCCGGAGGAAAGGCUUUUGGCGGUGCUGGACUGCUGAUUGCGCUGGGCGUGGGAGGUUACGUCCUUUCGAAUUCUCUCUUCAACGUUGACGGUGGUCACCGAGCGAUCAAGUACACAAGGAUAGGUGGUGUGAAGAAAGAGAUAUACAACGAAGGAACACAUUUCCAAAUUCCAUGGUUUGAGACGCCUAUAAUUUACGAUGUCCGAGCGAAGCCACGCAAUGUCGCUUCCCUUACCGGUACCAAGGACUUGCAGAUGGUCAACAUAACCUGCCGUGUACUGUCACGACCGCGCGUUGAGGCCCUCCCACAGAUCUACCGUACCCUCGGAACGGAUUUCGAUGAGAGAGUCCUACCGUCCAUCGUCAACGAGGUUUUGAAAAGUGUCGUUGCCCAAUUCAAUGCCAGUCAGCUUAUCACCCAGCGAGAGAGCGUUGCUCGUCUUGUACGGGAUAACCUAGCCAGACGCGCUGCGCGCUUCAACAUAAUGCUUGACGAUGUCUCUCUAACGCACCUUGCGUUCUCCCCCGAAUUCACUGCUGCCGUCGAAGCCAAACAGGUUGCCCAGCAAGAAGCCCAGCGAGCCGCUUUCAUUGUUGACAAGGCCCGUCAAGAGAAACAAGCCACUGUCGUCAGAGCCCAGGGUGAGGCCCGCUCUGCCCAACUUAUUGGUGAUGCUAUCAAGAAGAGCAAAAGUUACGUUGAGCUACGGAAGAUCGAUAACGCCAGACAGAUUGCCCAUAUUCUGCAGGAAGCUGGUGGAAAGAACAAGAUGUACCUUGAUUCCGAAGGAUUGGGCUUGAAUGUCAACUCGGGCGGAGAAGGAUCUGAUUAG